UCCAAUGAACACUAGACCAUCUAGUCCAGGGCCCUCAGCAUCUAAAACCACUAGUAGUACAGCAACCACUGGUAAGCUCUCCACCAUCAGCGGCAGCACCUUCGGGCCGCAGUCGACAGGGAGCGGCAGCGGCGGCAUCGGCGUAAGCGCCGACGAGGUCUUCCCCGAGGGCCGAAUCCUCGAGGUGCCGAACCUUCGGAUAUUCACCUUCGCGGAAUUGAAGGCCGCAACGCGGAACUUCAAGGCCGACACGGUGCUCGGGGAGGGGGGAUUCGGUAAGGUGUACAAAGGGUGGGUCGACGAGAGGACAAUGAACCCGGUCAAGACCGGGCUUGGGAUGGUAAUCGCGGUGAAGAAGCUCAACCCGGAGAGCAUGCAGGGGUUGGAGGAGUGGCAGUCGGAGGUGAAUUUUCUGGGGCGGCUUUCGCAUCCCAACCUCGUCAAACUCUUGGGCUACUGCUGGGAAGACAGGGAGCUUCUACUUGUCUACGAGUUCAUGGCUAAAGGAAGCUUAGAGAAUCAACUCUUUCGAAGAGGGGUAGUUUUUGAGCCUCUGUCAUGGGAUCUCAGAUUGAAGAUUGCAAUAGGCGCGGCUCGAGGCCUCGCUUUCCUUCAUUCAUCCGAGAAACAAGUCAUCUACAGGGACUUCAAAGCCUCCAACAUCCUCUUGGACUCGUACUACAAUGCGAAGCUCUCCGAUUUCGGCCUCGCGAAGCUCGGGCCGACCGGCGGGGACACGCAUGUCACCACACGAGUCAUGGGCACCUAUGGAUACGCAGCGCCAGAGUAUGUCGCCACCGGCCAUCUAUACGUAAAGAGCGACGUAUAUGGAUUCGGUGUUGUGCUUCUCGAGAUGCUAUCAGGCCAGCGGGCCCUGGACCCGACCCGCCCUAGCGGGCAGCACAACCUGGCCGACUGGGCCAAGCCGUACUUGGCCGACCGGCGAAAGCUGGCCCGGCUGAUGGACCCCCGGCUCGAGGGGCAGUACCACUCGAAAGGCGCCCUCCACGCCGCGCAGCUCACUCUGAAGUGUCUAUCCGGCGACCCCAAGAGCCGGCCGUCUAUGAAAGAAGUCGUGGAGACUCUCGAGAAGAUCGAGGCGAUGAAGAGUAACAAGUUGAGGGAGUCCAAAGACGAGCCCUCGCAGGGUCGAAAGCACGGCCGCUCGCCGAGGAAUCCAAACCAGGCGGCGGGGGGCAAGCAACCUACUAGAUUAACAUGAGAAUGUGAUUUGAUUUUCGACUUAAUUGCUUUUGUAAAUCGAUUUUUUUUUUCUUCUCUUUUAAUGGGUUUACUUAUAUUGAUUGCGAAAAAUGUAAUCUUUUAAUGGAAAAGAAGGUAUUGUAUAAUGUAGCUGCUAAUUUGAUGAUGUAAAAAGUGGAGGUGAUGAAAUUACUUUUUUUGUCUCCACUUAUUCACACCUUUUCUAAAGGCUUUUGUGCUAUGUUCCAACUAUAUCCCACUUCUCUUUAUGCUUUUGUA